GGAGUGGAUAAACGGUUGUGUUCCAUGAAACCUCAAUGGAUGUAGUGAAUUCCGUUCUCCGUCGUCACCACCACCACCGUCACUACUCCUUCUCCUUUAUCACCACAAAUCAAUCAAUAUCCUCGCUACUCCUCCACCACCAAAAAUCCACUUUAAAUUCCUCGAAGAAGCCUCGUUUCCCCCAAAUUUCUUGCUCAUCUUCAUCCUCCCCAUCACCACCAUCACCGUUGCCGGAAGUUGGUUCAGACACACCGGAAUCUUGCGUCAACUUGGGUCUUGCCCUCUUCUCGAAAGGACGGGUUAAAGAUGCUCUCAUCCAAUUCGAAACGGCGCUUACCUUGAAUCCUAGUCCUAUCGAGGCUCAAGCUGCACUUUAUAACAAAGCUUGUUGUCACGCUUAUAGAGGGGAGGGAAAGAAAGCUGCUGAUUGUCUUCGCACCGCUCUUAAGGAAUAUAACUUAAAAUUUGGAACAAUUCUAAACGAUCCCGACUUGGCCUCCUUCAGAGUUUUGCCUGAAUUUAAAGAACUACAAGAAGAGGCUAGGCUGGGUGGGGAAGAUGUAGGUUAUGGUUUCCGAAGAGAUUUGAAACUCAUUAGUGAAGUUCAAGCUCCGUUUCGUGGGGUUAGAAGAUUCUUCUUUCUGGCAUUUACGGCAGCCGCCGGAAUCUCGCUGUUCUUUACUCUACCUAGAUUGUUUCUUGCUGUCAAAGGCGGUGACGGUGCUCCUGAUAUCUUGGCAACUUCCGAAAACGCCGCCAUCAAUCUUGCAGGCAUUAUAGUUUUUGUGGCGUUAAUUAUUUGGGAUAACAAGAAAGAGGAAGAACAACUUGCUCAAAUAACCCGAGAUGAAACACUAUCACGGUUGCCCCUGCGCCUCUCAACUAAUCGGGUGGUUGAACUUGUGCAAUUAAGAGACACCGCUAGACCCGUUAUAUUGGCGGGGAAGAAAGAGACGGUUUCUUUGGCGAUUCAAAAAGCGGAGCGGUUUCGAAUGGAGCUCCUUAACCGAGGUGUUAUACUGGUUCCUGUCAUCUGGGGUGAAAACGAAUCGCAAACCGAGAAGAAAGGUUUCGGUGGUCCAAAAAAAGCAGCGGCAUCUCUUCCUUCGGUUGGGGAGGAUUUUGAGACCCGAGCUCAGUCUAUAACUGCAAAAUCAAAACUGAAAUCCGAGAUACGAUUCAAGGCCGAGGUUGUAUCAUCCGGGGAGUGGGAAAGGUGGAUAAAGGAGCAACAAAAGUCCGAAGGAGUUACUCCCGGUGAAGACGUAUAUAUUAUACUUCGUCUGGAUGGCCGAGUUCGAAGAUCGGGGAGGGGCUUGCCUGAUUGGAACCAAAUUGUGAAGGAAUUGCCCCCACUUGAAGCAUUGCUAAGCAAACUAGAAAGAUGACCCAAUUCUUCGUAUGGUUAAUUAUGGUACAAUAUUACACGUUAUGACGAUUUUACCCUUUAUUUGCUUUUUUGCUAUGUAUUAUUAUAAACAAAUUUAUUUUUAAAUUAAUAAAUAUUAACGUCG